GAAACCGUUUCCUACACCUCCGGGUUUGGUCCACACUGGAGUGAAGACGUGGGUCGUCGGCGCGAUUCAAAAUGUGAAGAGUGGUAAUUCAUCCUGGCUGCAACGAGGACGACGAUGCUUCUACUCGCGCGCUUCGCCAGCAUACUCCUGUCUGUCGGGUAUCUGGCGUUGCAGACCCUCAUUGUUCCGAAUGCGUCGACGUACGGAGGACCCAAUGGGCGUUCGAGACCAGCAUUACUCCGGCGCCGAUUGGAACGGAAAGCCGAGUUGUCCUCAUCUUCAUCUUCGUCCUUUUCCGACAAGGAACAUACGCCGCCCUUCGUUCCCCGCACGCACCCGGUCGUCGAUCCGGUCGGAGAGCUGUGCGUUCUCAUUCUGGCGUGCAACCGCGCCGAAGAGCUGGCGGCGUCGCUGGCCUCUUGGAGCAAAGUGUUCGGUGUCGCGAGGGUCCGGAAGUUUCUUUCUCUGGACUGCGUGAACAACAGUACUGGAGGCGUGGACAGUGUCGCGAGAGAGUGGAAGAGGCACCAGGUCGAGGGUAGAAAAGCCAGAAACCAGGAGCCGGAUCACAACGUUUUCUUGCGCGGGUCCGUGCACCGGGCGGCCAGGGAGAAGUUUUACCCGGAGUUUUCGGGUGAGCGCAUAACGCACCACUGGCUAUCUGCGUUGAACAACUUGUUUUCGCUGGAAGAGACGCCCUGCGACCACGUCUUGUACGCGGAGGAGGACCACUUAGUCGCGCCCAGUAUCCUCUUUGACGCGCAGCAGCUUCUCACGUUUCAAAACCAAUUGAACUACUGUCCUAUCCCCGGGAAAGAAAAAUGUGUCGUAAGAAUGCAGAUGUUCGAAGAUAGAAAAACAAAGAAACCUGCUAAAAUUGGUCAUGCUGAAAUAUUUAAUGAGAUUACUGUUACUCAGAAGAGUUGCGUGGACGACCGGCGUGCCGAGUAAAAGAUUCUGUGAGUUUCACCACCUGCUGUCUCCGCCACGUUUUUCGUCGCGAUACCUCCCGACUGUUUCACCGUGCAGCUUGGCUGCCACCGCGACUGUCGGGGCGGGCGGUCGGAGAAAGAAUCCUUGAAGCUGGGUGUGCUGGAGAGCGGGAACAUGGGAGUGAUUUACUCGAAACGGUUGUGGCAGGGGCAGUUCAUGCAGCCAGAGUCGUUACAAGCGUAUUGCAACCGCCGGGGCGACUGGGACAUAAAUCUACUUCAACACGGCAUCCGAGGGUUCAUCGGGCGCUCGUCGCUCACACUGCUCCAGCCACGGAUUCAGCACCUGGACACGACCCGAUCCAGCCGCUUGCGAAAAGACUUCGGGGCGAUAGACGAGGAGCGUAGCGGAGAGGAAAAGUUUCAUAAUGCGGAUAUUAGUGCUAGUGCUGAUGGACGACGAAUCUCUACUACUACAUCAAAGAUGUUGCAGCUACCGUCUUAUGCAAGCACGAUGACGAACCUCCUCCCGCAGUUAGCAGCCAUGGAAGAAGCACUGAAAGCCCACGGCCUGGACAUUCGCACGCUCCCGGACCGCGACCUCGUGCGGCAAUACGCCAGACAGUAUGAGGAAAUGCGAGCAAAAUCGCCCAAUUUGUUUCGCGUGCCCAGCUGGUGGGCUCGGGAAAUGGGAGAAAUUCCCUUGCGAGAAGGAGCGGACCGCGAAGGUGACACAGUUUUGUUGAGAAACCAACGCGCGCUCCAAGUAGAGGCUGUGGAUGCAAAUAAAGCUGCUGCGACGAGCGGAGAGGUUCUUGCAUCACCGGUGCACUCAGAGCCGUCACACCUUUCGAAAUUGCUCCCCGCAGAAGUGGAAAACGGUAGAAUUAUGUCACAGCCAAUUUCACGAUCAAUGGGCAGCACCACCGAAAUUCUUGCCAUUGCGCCCGAAGGGACGACCAUGACGAGUGCGGCUAGUACCCCUCGAUCAGAAACCGACAAAGAUCCACUGUUAACGCAAACGAGCCCGGCCUAAAAAUGCAUUAAAAACAACUUCAAACUGAUUUCAAACAUUUUGAAAAUCGAAGAAGUCCUGCCUUGAUUUUCGGGAAAAGCGGGUCGCAAGGUGGCAGAGGAGUGCUUUUAGCUUCAUUUGGUUCAACAUGGGGGAUGCAUUCUUGCCACUACAAGUGUCUGCUUCUUUGGAGGGCGCGCGGUUCUCUUACUCAAAAAAAGGAAAGACGAAAACCCUUGCGCUCUUUACAAAUCUGUUUCCAGCUUUGCAUGUGGCCCGCCGCACUUGUGCGCUGACGACUUGGGCCAUUUAUAGACGCGCCCCGGCGCCAAGUAGGGCAAGGCUAGCUACAUGGAAGCAGACAAAUCAAUGAUGGGCGCCGCGUUAUUAAUGCGGUUCAUUUUCUCCAUGCUUAGCCAUGAGGGCGAGCGCCGCUCCGUCCAGGGUGGCCGAGUAGGCGACAGCACGGCCAAGGCACAGCAGAGGCUUGCUUUCAUCUCCUGCGCCAUAUAAAUGCGCGCCAGCUUUUGGCGUGAGGCGGACCGCCGAGGGAGGAGGGGCAAGUAGUGUCUUGCGAACGUCCAAGCCAGCUCCCCCUGGCUUCUGCGCUUGGUCUUAAUGUUGCUGCUGCUGCAAGCGGAAAGCGCAGUCGGAGAAGCCUAAUCUUGCGACCCUCCGCCCCUCCAAAGGCGCAAGAGGCGGCGCGCCUGUUGGCUGCCAUUGGGGCGCCGAGCGAGCGCAGGCGGCGGCGGUUGCUCUUUCUAGCAGCCGAAGACCCGCACUGCGAAAGCAGGCAGUCCAGAUCAGUCCGGAGGGGAGACCAUGACGAGUGCGGCUAGUACCCCUCGAUCAGAAACCGACAAAGAUCCACUGUUGCAGCUUCGCAUCGUCAUCCCAGUGUCAAACACGCGCGGCACUCUGUGUGCUUUACUGAAACAAUUGGCUGGUCUAAUUCCGGCCAGUGUUUUCCAAGUUGCCAUUGAUGUCUUUUUCACACGACAGGAAAAAGCCUUCCACGAGUUUGCAACGACGGCGGCCUCGUCAACCUCGA